AACUACUGAACUUUCAAUUGAUGACCCUUGUCUUCAUCACUUCUACUUCCUCAAAACACUCUCUUUCAUCAAGUUCCCAUUUUGAUCCUUCUCCCUCAUGUCCAACUUCAAACUUGAGUCCUGUACAGUUGAAACUUCUGAUGGGGUGAAGCUCCACGCAAGAGUGUUCAAACCCAGCGAUGAAAAGGACUCAAAAGAUGACAACUUGGUGAUUGUUUUGGUCCACCCUUACUCAGUCUUGGGCGGCUGCCAAGGCCUCCUGAAAGGCAUAGCUUCAGGGCUGGCUGGUAAGGGUUAUAGGGCUGUGACUUUUGACAUGAGAGGUGUGGGGAAGUCCACUGGAAGAGCUUCUCUCACUGGCUUUGCUGAAGUUAAGGAUGUGGUUGCUGUCUGCAAAUGGGUCUGUGAGAAUCUCUCUACUGAUAGGAUCUUGUUAGUGGGUUCUUCUGCAGGUGCACCGAUUGCAGGCUCUGCAGUUCAGGAGAUUCCGCAAGUUGUGGGCUAUGUAAGUUUGGGGUACCCUUUUGGUAUGCUAGCUUCGAUCCUAUUCAGCCGACACCAUAAAAACAUCCUUGAAACCCCAAAGCCGAAGCUCUUUGUUAUGGGAACUCAGGACGGGUUUACCAGUGUAAAGCAGCUGAAGAACAAGCUGAGUUCUGCUGAGGGGCGAGUAGAAACUCAUCUAAUUGAAGGAGUAAGCCACUUCCAGAUGGAAGGCCCUGAAUAUGAUGCCAAGAUGGUGACUCUUAUCCUUGAAUUCAUUGCAUCAUUGUAGUACUACUAUCCGCCACUUCUUGGAGAAGUGCUUGUGCAGAAUUGGAAAUUAAAUGGUUGGAAUGCAUCUUCUUCACCAUGAAAUAUUAGGCACUCAAUCCCAGUUAUAUUGGUUUUAGGAUGCAUUAGUGAAUGUUUCUAUCAAAAGCACUUUCAAGUAAGAAACCAUUAAGAAGUUUUUAAUGUGCGAAUCAAAGACUAGCGACUAGGUGGUUUUGGUUUUUGCAUUUUGUAAAACUAGCGAUUAGACACAGGUCUUUAGUUUUUGGUUCGCAUGUUAAGUUUUCAUUAGAGAAUGACUUACUAUUAUCAUUAUGUAUAUAUGAAAGUAAUUUCAAUCAUUUGAAAAUAACUCGAACCUUUUAACA